AUGUCGGUAAAGAUGCCAACUGAAGAUAUGGAUGCAAAAUCAAAGUUGAAUCCACACCAAACACAAACUUUCAAGACCAUAUUGCAAAGGGCUAACUCUGGAACAACAAGAUUAUUCUUUGUAGACGGACCGGGUGGAACUGGAAAAACAUUUUUGUAUCUGACAUUGCUGGCAAAUAUCAGAUCGAGAGGUAUGAUAGUAUUGGCAUCCGCUAGCAGUGGGGUAGCAUCAAUAAUUUUACCGGGAGGCUGUACAACUCACUCAAGAUUUGAAAUACCUCUACUAGCAAAUGAAACAACAAUUACAAAUAUGUCCAAACAAGAUGGCGGCGGUAAGCUAAUUAGACAAGCAAAAUUGAUAAUAUGGGACGAAACACCAAUGGCUAAGAGACACACAAUUGAAACAGUAGACAGAAGCUUCCGUGACAUAAUGCACCUUUUAGUGGAAAAGUCAUGGUAUUUGGAGGUGACUUUCGACAAGUACUAUCGGUGGUUCCUAAAUCAACACGAGCAGAGACAGUGGAUGCAAGUUUGGUGA